UUCAUAAUUCAAUCUAGUAACUCGUGUUCCUCGAUAGGAAAGUGUUACCAUUAUUAGUAACGGCACCCUAUACAAGCUACGUGUUUCGCUCCAUUUUGUAAGCAAGCUCAAGUUGGACAUAAGUAGUGUUGGAAACAGUGUUUGGAAAAUAAGUCACAAUAAAGAUUCGUGUGCAAGUGUUUUAUGGUUUCUACAUUGCAACUUGAUAUUGAACCUUGGGACGAGCAUCAGGAUAAACCGAGAAACAUGGCUUCAAUGGACUGGAAGAGACCUGCGCUCGAAAUUCUUCUAAAUGUGUACAGAGACCACCCGAUCCUGUACGAUAUGCGCCACCCAAAAUACUAUGCCAAGUUGGAGCGCCAGAAAGCUUUGAACACCAUUAUUGAAAUGCUGGAAGAUCACAGACCCGGAACCACAACGGGCGACAUCCUGAAAAAGAUUCAAACCAUGAGAACGCAGUUUGGCCAGGAGUACAACAAAGUACGGAAGGCUCAAAUCAAAGGCGUCGAGUAUGUGCCCACCGUUUGGUGGUAUGAGUACUUGAAAUUUCUCCGGCAGCACAUCAAACCGAGGGCCACCUUGAAGGACGAAUUGGACGACAGCCAGGAUGGAGACGAGGAGUACAUGUCCGUCAGCCACGGCAAUGACGAGUAUGAAAAGUACGAGAUGUACGCACCGGAAGAGCAGUACGAGGUCGACAAUGAGGGCGAAUCGGAGAUAGUCUACGAAAUCCAAAGCACACCAAAAAAUAUAAAAUCGGAUAACAAUGGCGAAACCAAAUUCAUCCGCAAACGAGAGUUCGCCAGCGUAACACCAAUCAGUGGCAACGAGGAAAUCAUCUACGAAAUCACCAACGCCAACACGAUCGUUCCGAAGCGCAAAAUAGAAAUGGUCUCUCCCGUCUCCUCGGAUCACAAUCCAAAGCAACCACGGAAGGAAAAAGUGGCCGAACAACAGACACCGUCCAUCAAGGUGAUCGACAGUAGUUCGAUCGUCAAGAAGCCCGAUGCAGCCGAAAUCACUGUCGAACCGGAUCGGUAUAAAAGCUUCGGACAAUUUGUAGCUUCGCAGAUCGCCGCAGUUAAGGAUGAUUUCCUGUUCUAUUCGACGCAGAUGGAUGUACUCAAUGUCAUCAACAAGGCACAGCUGAAGCAGCUACAGAUGGACAAGGAAGCUGCUAGUAGCAGUAAAUCAUAAUCAAAUCGAUCGUUGCAGUGGUAGAUUGUAUUAAAUGUUUUAAUAAAGUUAGAUAAGUAACAGAAAGUCAUAA